UUUUAAAGUGUUCAUCAGCUGUUUUGUUUUCGUAUGGUGUUCUAAAUAUUCAGCUGUUAAAUCGUAAAUUUGUGGUAUUUUUUAGUUAAAUUUAACAGGAUAUGGAUUCAACCGUGUCAGUUUCUAAGGGUGUGUUCGUGUUCAAGAACGGUGCCACCAAAGCCAAAAGUCGUCGGAAACCGCAGCCAUGCAACAGUCUGCUGAGCAAGUCGACAACCGAUAUGUUCUGGUACAGGAACUAUCGGCAGCUGUGGGCCACGAUCCAGGAUCAACUGGAUCGGCUGCAGUCCAGCGGGUACGAGAAAAUCCUAGACGAUCUGUUGGCCUUCGUGGAGGGAUGUUACCAGAGUUUCGAGUACAGUGGGGUGCUGCCGACGGCUGCUCUGCUGACUGGAAUAAACCAAAUCGAUCAUCUGUCGCAGUUUGAGAGCCUGGCGGGAAAUAUUAGGAACAACACUUACUCACUGGUGGUGAUGCUGCAGUCGAGGGACUGCCCGAGUAUGAAGGUUACUGUUGAGGCCAUCGUGUCAGGGUUUGUAGAAGAGCAGCGCGAUGGAGAGGACAGCGUUGAGGGACGGCAACUUCGUCGAAAUCAACUCAACUUAGGAGUACUCAAGGAAUGGUACUUGGAAAAGCACAGGCGCAUGGAACGGAAACCUAACCUGAGUAUAAUCAUACCGGACUUUGAACUGUUUAGUCCAGAUGUGCUUCAGGAUUUAAUACUGGUUUUGAACUCUUAUGCGCCAGAUCUCCCAUUCGUGUUGAUUUUUGGGGUGGCCACGUCGGUGAAUACAGUCCACACUGUUCUUCCCUAUCAUGUAACGAGCAAAAUAAAGCUUAGUAUUUUUCAAUCAGAACCCUCGAUAGGCAACCUGAACAAGAUUCUGGACAAUGUACUUUUAUCGCCGUUCUGUCCGUUCCAUCUGUCAGGGAAAACUUUUAAACUUCUGGUUGACAUUUUCCUGUUUUACGAUUUUUCUGUCAAAGGCUUCAUUGAAGGUUUUAAGUACGCUCUGAUGGAGCAUUACUUCCAAGGAUCAAUCUACGCCCUUUGUAGUGCUACCACAGAUCAAGAAGAGCUGGAAGAAGCGGUUGAGCAACUGACCGCAAACGAUCUUGAAGAUAUUCGACAGCUUCUGUCUUUUCGUCCCCUAAUUGAAUCACUCAACAAUCCUCAGGAGGUUGUGGAUUUCCUCACCAAAGACGAUUAUCUACGCAGAAUGUUGCCCUCGUUGCUGAUCGAUGUGCACAAUUUUUGGUUCACAUUCCACUGCUCGUUGGAAAUGCUACAAGUUCUUGUCCAAGAUCUACCAAAAACGCCACUUGGGAAGCAACUGCGAGAGUUGUACGAAGUUUGCAUCUCCACCGACAUUACUCAACUACCGGAAUUCAAAGAAUGCAUGCAACUUGUCGCGUUCAUGUCCAAAGAAGAAAUGCUCAGCAAAUUAUUGAAAAUGUUGGAGGUUGUUCUCAAAUAUACAUCGCUCAGCGACGAGGCUAGCAUAAGGGGCAGAUUCAGUUUCGACAUUGAACCCCUCGAGCAAAUGAACAACGAUUUAGAAAAAUUUGCCAAUGACAUUGCUGCGGCAGGGCUGGAGCUGAUACCGGCCGCAGAAUCGCUAGACCAAAGUACCACAUUUAUUGCCUCUCCCAAUAUGAGUCGGCAACAGUUGAAAGAGAAGCUUUUGAGCGCAGCUCGUCAGCCGAAACUGGAAUCCGACUUCACAAGGUCUAUCAACAAUCUAAUGACCUAUAUCACGGAAAAAAUCUUCGGGAAGCUACUGCGUCCUUUCAACCGUGGGCCCCCACUUAUUGAGCUAUUUGUAUUCAACGAUGCAGCCAGCAUUCGAAGGCAUAUCGUGGGCGUUCCACGUGCAGCAGUUCACACAGCUCUGAACAAUCCACACUUUUAUCUACAGUGCGGGUGUUGCAAACUACAGGAAGAUGCAUCUUUGAUUCCGACCUUGCCAGAUUUGUCGGUGGCCUACAAGUUACACCAAGAGUGCGGUAAAAUGAUCAAUCUGUACGAUUGGCUGCAAGCUUUUCGCACCGUGGUGGACACGGCAAAUGACGACGAUGUUGAGUUAGAGCGUCCCGUUGAUCCGGAAAUACAAGCACGUUUUACGCGCGCAGUUGCGGAGCUUCAAUUUCUUGGCUUCAUUAAAACCUCGAAAAGGAAAACGGAUCACGUUACACGAUUGACGUGGUAACACCUUGUCAAAACAUGAUCCGCACUCGUUAGAGGAAUUAUUGAGUAAGAUACUCAAGACUGUCUUGAGAAAUUAUUGUGUAAUUCGUACCUGUCUAUUAUUUAUUGUGCCCUACACAAUCUGGUUCUUAUAACUAAU